CCAGACUGGUUGGUGUACUGGUUAGGGCCACCAAGUAUGGCCGUGCAGCUUUGGCCCUACACAAGGACAUGCUGCUGAGGGGCCCUGGGCUAGUGCCAAGCCUUGCACCCUGGUGUGCGCAUCCUCUCCCAUAUGGGCCAGCGGUGGCCCAGGUGACAGGCCUGUCUAGUCUCAGGAACAUGAAUUAACAAGGCAAAGGAAGACUGUGGGUGGGCAGUGGCCUCGUGCGUGUGUCUGCAGUGGGCCCGUCUCUUUCCCCUGCGGUAGUCUAAGUGGGCGUUGGGCUGGAUGGAGGCAGCUGAGCCAGGUCAGGGCCCAAAGAGCAACAGCUAUCCAGCCUCUUUGUUGUCAGGUUGGGGCUGGGACGCCCUGCCCCCUCUGCUGGUGGCCUCCAGAGCAGCAGUCACCGCUGGGACUCUGGGGAAGGGUCUUGUGGGUCCUGAAGAGGGGGUGGCAGGGAGAGAGGUAGGCCUCUGGCCCACCCACCUCCCUGUUUCCUGGAGCCCCUCCCCCAGCAGGUCGUGGUCCUUCGUUUAGUCAAGAGGGCGUCCUGGAGAAAAAUGGGCUUUUGAGCGGGCAGGAAUCCCAGCCAAGCCAUUGCCUAGCUGUGUGGUUCCAGGCAAGUGACUUAACCUUUGAAGGCCUUGGUUUCCUCAACUGGGGAACAGCAAUAGGAAUGGCUGCCUUGUAGGGCCAAGGGAUCAAACCAGCCAAUGACUAACAGGAGGAGCAGUUGGCUCAGCUUAGUGGCAGUCCUGCCCCCAACCCUUCUAGCUUUCAGCUUCAGGCAGGCAAGCAAGCUCUCCUUAAACCCUGCCCCUCCUUGACUCAGCUGCAGUUCUGCUGUUAAUACUUCAUUUCUGUAGCGAAGGCUUUUUGUCCUUGGGAUGCUGCUAUUCACUCUGGGAACAGAAACCUCUCCAUGUCCCUUUGGGCAGGAGGAUUCCUUAGCCCCUUUUCUGGGCUUAGAAGCCUAAAGGGAAAAGGGAACCAUGCUAUGAACUUGGAGCCCCGUAGUCAAACAGGCUUGGGUUCAAAUCCUGGCUCUGACUUGUUCUUCCUGUGUGAUCUUGGGCACGUGAGUCAAAUUCGGUGAGCCCUAGCUCCCAACUGUGGGAGAUACUACCUGCAGUUAAUAGUGUUGCAAGGAUUAAAUGCUAACUGUGAAGUACCUGCCACAAGUGGGUGCCCCCUUAACAACCUGCCCUGGUCUGACUGACCCUGGGGGGUUGGUCAGAUCUCCACAUGCUCAUGUGUGUGGCUGGUUGUGGACACACACACACACACACACACACACACACACACACACACACCCUGACAGCGCUGGACCAGCAGAUUCACUGCAGGGAGUGGGAGCUCUCUUCCCUCCUCCCUGCCCAGCUCCUGCAGUGUUGGAAAAGGAAAUUACUGAACAGAUUGCAAUUAAGGGGGGAAAAGAGGGAGAGGGAGACAGAGGCCCUAAAAUGCAGCUUGACUGAGCGCUAAACUGUGUUUUUGCCCGGAGCCAAUCAGAAGCCUCUGACAAGAGCAUGUUCCCACUUACAAAUCUAAUUGCAGGAGGUGUGGCUGGGGUGGCCCUGGGAGCCCCGGUGAGGAGGGGGCUGCCAGCAUCUCCAGGAAGGCUGCCGGCUGCUUGCUUGUUGCCUGGAAAGUUCGCCAAGUGGAGGGGGCCAGGUGGCAGGGCAGAGGUCUUGGGGGUCUGGGAAGGCCUGGAUUCAGAAUUUCCCCCAGUUAUAAUAGUUACCAAUGACUUGGCAUCGACUACACACUGGACAUCCAAACUUCCACUAAUCCUCUCGACUCUAGAGAAUGCCAUGCGGCAGAUGACUAUCACCUCACUUUACAGAUAAGAAACAGAGGCACAGAGUGUCCCUACUGAGGCUGACGAUUGCCCAAGGUCUAGGUAUUUUAUUGACAUUUUAUCUCCUUUCAAUCUCCCUAUAACUUUAAUCCCAUUCCACAGGGGAAGAGGCAAGACUCUGAGAGAGUAGCCAACUUGUCCAAGAUCACAGAGCUGAUUUAUAGAUGACUCCAGAGAACACACUUAGAUUGUCCCAGAGCCAGGCAUUCUGGAUAGAGUUACUAGAUUUAGCAAAAUAACAAAAACAAAAAAACCGCGAUGGCCGGUGAAAAUUUGAAUUUCAGAUAAACAAUUACUUUUUUUUAGUAUUAUAAGUAUGUCCUAAAUAUUGCAUGGGAUAUACUUACACUAAAAAAUGAUUCCUUGUUUAUUUGAAAUUUAACCGAAUGUCCUGACGUUUAUCUGGCAACACUAGACCUCUCUCCUUCUGCCUCAAGCUCCCCUCUAUUUUUGCCAGCAGUUUGCCUUUAAAGGGGGCCCUUCGAGAGCCAUGCUGGUGUCUCCAGACCAAGGAAGCGAGGCUGCCAAAGGGGAAGGUAAGCUCCUCUGCUCUAGAGGGCAGAGCCCUGGGCCAGUGCCCACUCUGCCACCUCCUGUGUGACUUUGGGCAAGUCUAUCCCCCUCUCAGAACUCUCUCGAAAAGGAAGACCCAGGAUCAGAUAGUUGCAAACACCCUUGUCAGCCCUAACUUUCCUAAUGUCUUCACCCUUUUUUCUGUCUGUACAAAGGAUGGUACGAAAUACACAGUUGUGGCCUGGCUGGUGUGGCUUGGUGGUUGAGUGUCGACCUAUGAGCCAGGAGGUCAUGGGUUUGAUUCCUGGUAAGGGCAUGUGCGUUGCGGGCUCGAUCCCCACUUUGGGGCAUGCAUGAGGCAGCCCAUCAAUGAUCCUCUCUCAUCAUUGAUGUUUCUCUCUCUCUCCCUCUCACUUUCUCUCUGAAAUCAAUAAAAAUAUAUUUUAAAAUAAAUAAACAAACAAACAGUUGUGCUGUGAGGACAGAAGUUACCCAACACCUGGGACAGAAAUGUCCAGGGAGCAGUGCUGGUCAGAGGAGACCCAUGGUGUGGGCUUGGAAGGCUAGGGGCUCAGGCUGCUGGGAAAUGGGCUGUUACUGUCUUUAGCUCCCAGAGGUGGCAGCUUGCUGUAGCCUUCAGACCUGGGUUCCAGGCCCCUCCUGCACUAACAGCUCUGUGAUCUUGGGUAAAACCCUUCACCCAGGCAAGGGCCUCAGUUUCCGCCACUGUCAAGCAGGCCUAAUGCUGCCCGCGAUGUAUGCAGAGUGCCUGGUAGGUGGGAGGAGCUUACUAGUGGUUAUUUUUAUUUUUGUUAUUGGUGGUGUUAAUAUUACAUCCUUCUGGAAAAAAAAAAGCACCUUGAGGAAUGCUAACCUCUGAAAUAACAAACAGAUUUCAGGCCCUCUCUGAGCUUCAGCAAAGAACACAACACAUUCCAGGCGGCCUUCAUUUCAGCUAAAUUUUAUUUGUUGGAUUUUUGACAGACAUCUAAAUUAUACAGUGAGUUUUCCACAUGACCAAAUACCACGUCCAUUUCUUUAUCAUUUUCAAAAGGGACUAUAUAAAAAGAAACUUUUGAUGGAUCAGACUGAACCCUGAAACCACAUGGAGUGCAGAGCUAAAAAUAAAAGGAAGUAAGAACUUGCCCCUGAGAAGGAAAGAGAAAUCAAAGCAAACUCUGAUGGGAAUCAAGGGACGAGUCCUGGAGAGGCUGACAUGGUGUCACCCUCCAGGGCAGGUCCGGAUAAGGAGCGGCACACAGUGAGGGUGAGGCACAGAGUGACACAAAAAUAGCCACCGCUUUAGCCCAGAGGGGAAUAAAGAAAUUUGUCAAAAGCCAGGAUAGAGAGGAGAGGAGGAAGGGAGGGGGCAGGACUGUGUCCUUCCAGCGGUCUCGGGACCUGUGGACUUCUUUCUCCCCGCACAUUUGUACCCACCGGCAUAAUCGCUGACUUUCAGCUUUGCGCCCGCCCGACAUGUUCCCCGGCUCAGCCCACAUCAAUGACACCCUUGUUUCCAUAGUAACCAGGGGAGAGUGAAGGGGAAAGGGUGUGUUGCACUGGGCUCGGGGAUCCAGCCAGGAGCUGCUGCACAGGGAAGGUCAGUAGGAGGGGAAGGGAGUUUUUCUCACAACUGGUCUGAGCACACAUCCUGGCCCCCCCCCCCCCCCCGGGCCUUGGUGCCCUCCAGCCCUCUCCCUUGCACAUUCAGAUGCAGAGGUGCACAGAGCAAGUCUCACCCAGACACACUGGGGGCGGGAAGAUGGGAGACUGGGUAUCCCCUUUCUAGCUUCAAAUUCUAUCUUCUGGUCAUGGCCCUGGGGGUGGGAGUGGGGCUGCGGAGAGGAAAGGGGACUUUAGGAGUAUUUUGUUUUUACAAAUGGGAGCUUUUAAAGUCUGCGUUUUUCAGGCAUCUCUCAUCUACCCCAUGAGCCCCCAGGAGGGUCCAGCAGGGUUCAAAGGGAAGAUGAAAGCUUGUGACAUCUACCAUGUCACUCUAUCUUUAGCUGAAAAGCAAAUGUGAAGGUUCAGAGAGGCUGUUAUCAGAGGAGGGGAGUGGCUUCUGCCUGCUGGCCCAGGCCUGGGGAGGACUCUUGCAAAGAGUUCCCUAAGUUGGUGGCAAAAAACCCAAAGUAUUUUACAGACUAUCCACUGCCAAAGUUCCUAUCACAUUGUUCCAAAAUCACAGACCUCAAAGCAGGCCGCUGCCCUUCAGCUCGCAUCCCUGGUGCCCUAUUUGGAGGGAAAACCCAUUUUCAAGCCCUAGAGCCACAUUUCCAGCUGGAUGGCAGGGGGAUUUUGGUUUCUUGCGAUUCUGUUUUCCUUUGUUCAAAGUGGGAGAGGCCCUGGGGGAGACCAGGAAGCCAGAGGAGGAGGUAGCAGGAAGCAGGUAGCUCAGUGGUUUGGAAAACCCUCACCUCCUUUUGUUUUACAAGCCCUUACAGGUCUGCCCACAGCACCCCCGGUGCAGCUUUUCAUGUUGGCAGGAAUGACUUCCAGCCCAGCAUGCCGUUGAGGCUGCACAUGCUUCAGCUUCACCUGCACAACUUUGUCCAGAAAAGCUGGGCAGAGACGGCCGGGGCUGGAGUGGCCCCCCCUCUGCUCACAGGCCUGAGUGGGUUUGGGAAGGGCCACGUCCUGGGAUGAGAAGGCAGCUGGCCUCCUGAGGCCCACUAGCCAGCCACUGGACAGUCUCUUAUUCAUUCUCUGAAAACCCCUCGGCUCAGGCACCAGAACAGAGUUCAAUUCAGGAGCUGGGUGAUGCUCUGGCCAGCUUUCAUGCUUGAAGCUAGGGAUUUCUUAAGACUCAGGAAAACAAGCUCUUUUUGCAACACGGGGUGGGAGAAGUCUCCUUCCAGUCCUCUCCAAUCAAUCAACAGAGGACACAUUUUGCUGGAGAGAGGAAGGGGAGAUGGGCAGCUGGGGUGACUCUGGCUUCCCUGGGAGUGGCCCCUGCAAUCACACACCUUCUUCCCAGCAGCAAACCCUCUCCGCCUAUGAGCUUCCCACACCCCCAAGUUGCCCGCAUUGUAAAAAUUGAUCUUGAAAAAAUCGAUCUGCCUGCCUUUUCUCAGUGGAGCAGGUUCAUGGCAGCUUCCCUCCGGACGGAAUGCAGCCCUGGCUCAGUUGGUGAUGGUAAAAAUCACUGACCAGCACCAGCAAACACUGUCCGUGCUUCCAAAACCAUGGGGAGAGCAAGGGACAGUGGUAUAUGCUUCUCGUGGUUGCUUGUCACCCCAGUGCUGCCCAGUAUCUAUUUUCUUCUGGUCAAUAGAGAUAAAGUACACAGUUCUGUAUGCGAGCAAGAUGGAGCCUGACCUGUCUGGUUUUAACAUCGAUGCCCCCCGUUGGGACCAGUCCACUUUCCUGGGGCGGGUGAAGCACUUCUUCAACAUCACGGACCCUCGCACUGUUCUCGUACCAGAGCGGGAGCUGGAUUGGGCCAAGAUGAUGGUGGAGAAAAGCAGGAUGGGGGUCGUGCCCCCAGGGACUCAAGUGGAGCAGCUCCUGUAUGCCAAAAAGCUCUAUGACUCUGCCUUCCACCCUGACACCGGGGACAAGAUGAAUGUCAUUGGACGGAUGUCCUUCCAGGUUCCCGGCGGCAUGAUCAUCACAGGCUUCAUGCUCCAGUUCUACAGGACGAUGCCAGCGAUCAUCUUCUGGCAGUGGGUGAACCAGUCCUUCAAUGCCUUAGUCAACUACACCAACAGGAAUGCGGCUUCCCCCACAUCAGUCAGGCAGAUGGCCCUUUCCUACCUCACAGCCACAACUACUGCGGUCACCACUGCUGUGAGCAUGAACAUGUUGACAAAGAAAGCUCCACCCUUGGUGGCUCGCUGGGUGCCCUUUGCUGCUGUAGCUGCUGCUAACUGUGUCAAUAUCCCAAUGAUGCGACAGCAGGAACUCAUCCAAGGCAUCUCCGUGAAGGACAAAAAUCACAAUGAGCUUGGUCAUUCCCGGAGAGCUGCGGCCAUAGGCAUCACCCAAGUGGUUAUUUCUCGGAUCACCAUGGCAGCCCCUGGCAUGAUUUUAUUGCCAAUCGUCAUGGAAAGGCUAGAGAAACUGCCCUUCAUGCAGAAAGUCAAGGUCCUGCAUGCGCCGUUGCAGGUUAUGCUGUGUGGAUGCUUCCUCAUCUUCAUGGUGCCAGUGGCAUGUGGGCUCUUCCCACAGAUAUGUGAACUGCCAGUUUCCUACCUGGAACAGGAGCUCCAAGACACCAUCAAGGCCAAGUAUGGAGAACUUGUGCCUUCUGUCUACUUCAAUAAGGGUCUCUAA